AAUGACACCGGAAAGUCCGGUUAAAGAAGAAAAAAGUAAUUUAAACGUCGCACAACAACCGUCGUCGCCAGUUGAUUCGGCCAACAACAACAACCCAAACAACCGUUCCAAGUCAGCUUCAUCUCGAACUCACGCCUGCUCGGAGUGUGGAAAGACCUUUGCGACAUCUAGUGGCCUGAAGCAGCAUCAACACAUCCAUUCCUCGGUCAAACCAUUUCAGUGCGAAGUGUGCCUUAAGGCCUAUACCCAAUUCUCGAACCUCUGCAGGCACAAGAGGAUGCACGCAGACUGUAGACAACAGAUUAAAUGCACCGAUUGUGGUCAAGCUUUUUCCACUGUAACCUCACUAUCUAAGCACAAGCGAUUUUGUGAAGGUGUUACUGGAGCCAAUCGGCCGUCUGUUGUUCCGUCCCAGUCUAAUCAAGCCAGACUACCGUUUCCUCCUCCAUCCGUGGACAGCAAGAUAGGAGGCGUAUCAGCUACAAUCACUCAACAGCAAGCUUUGCAUGCUGCUUACAUGAACUUGUAUGGAGCCCACCGAUCCCCCUUUCCCUUUUAUGCGCCACUAAACGCAACUCCUCCUUAUCCACCUAUUUUUCCAUCUACCCCUUUGCCUACGGCAGCUUUUAAUGGUCUUCAUGCAGCUUCUCUGCUUCAAAGACCCACGACCGGUCUGCUUCAAGAUACCAAUGGUUCUGAUGAUUCAGAUAUGUCGGAAGGAACACGCUCUGAGGACGGAGAGAAUGUCGCCAAAUCUUGUAGUUCGCCAGAGCCGCAAGAGGAAGAGUCACCAGGAAGAGAAGAUCAGCCUUUAGAUUUGUCAACAAAAACCUCCCGUCCAGAUUCAGUUGGAGAAACUAAGAAAGAGAUGAAAGAAGAACGGGAAGAGUCACCUAUAGCUAAAAAGAGUCCAACACCUGAGUUAAGUGUGAGCUCAUCCCUUCAUUGCGCUUAUCCGCCGCAAUUUCCUAAUUCAUUAGUUUUGGACCAUUAUCGGGCAAUGGCUGCCGUUGUCGCACAACAGCAACAAGCAGCCUCUGAGAAGAAAAAUCUCGCUUUUCAAGAUGCAGCCUCAAGAUUCAUGUUUAGUCCAAGAUUUCCACCAGCCUCUUUACCUAACAGUUUUGCCCAUCCUCCCAAGUUCCUCAGCAACCCUGCAUCUCCUCUGCUGAAACUACCGAAACCGGACUAUGGCACAGCUUUUUCUCAUGGAACGCCUGUUACAGCAAACCGCGUAAAAGAACGCUAUGCCUGCAAAUAUUGUGGCAAAGUUUUCCCACGCAGCGCCAAUUUGACCCGCCAUCUUCGCACACAUACUGGUGAACAGCCGUAUAAAUGUAAAUAUUGCGAACGUUCUUUUUCCAUCAGUUCGAACCUGCAGAGGCACGUAAGGAACAUUCACAACAAGGAAAGACCGUUUCGAUGUCCUCUGUGCGAUAAGGCUUUUGGUCAGCAAACAAAUUUGGAUAGGCAUCUAAAAAAGCAUGAUACGGAGGGGCCCAAUGUUUGUGAUAGUCCCCCCACUCAAGUUCCACACUCCACAGCCCAUGCCUUGGACGAGAAAGAUGAUAGUUAUUUCUCAGAAAUAAAAAAUUUUCUUCAACCCAGCAACGAUAAUUCAAGCGAUAACAUUGAUGUUGAGGACGAAUAUCAAGAUGAGGAAUUCGAAGCGAAGAAAUUCAAGUUGGAGAAUAAUAAUUCACCAUCACCCGAAGAUAAGCGUCUCUUUUGCGACAAGGACAAGGUGGUACUUAAGCGUCACCUAACUACCAUCACAGCUCCACUCGCUUGUUAA